CCGUCGAAGCCUUAUUAUGCACCUUUAAGUAUCAGCUAGACAAGACGAUAACCGGAUUCAAACUCACGAAACCCCACAGAUGCCACCAAUGCCAUUGUCAAUGACAAUCGCCUUGACAGGUUCGACGUCCAACUUCGGCACUUAUAUAUUGGAUCUCCUCCUUAGAAGUCCGAAUGUUGCCAAAGUAUACUGCCUGAACCGGUCGGCUAAUGCCAGGGAGCGCCAGGAGGAAGCGCAGGAGUCCCGAGGGCUAUCAACAUGUUUCCCGAAAGAGCAAGUAGAGUUCUUCCAGGUAGACUUCAGCGCCGAAAGCUGGGGCAUAAAAAAGGAUACAUUCGACGUCUUCCUCAGGGAGGUGGAUGUCAUCAUCCAUAAUGCUUGGCCCGUCGACUUCAAUCGCAACUUCAUCUCUUUUGAGCCCCACAUCAACGGCGUGCGAAAUCUGAUCAAUAUCGUCCGUCAUCGCCAAAAACUAUAUCCCUCAGACCCUCCGUCAAAAGACCCAAUGCGUAUCCUUUUCAUCUCAUCCAUGGGAACGGUGUCCAACUGGGCUUCCCAGGCGCCCACAUCUCGCGCCCUCGUCCCGGAAGCCGAGCUCACAGACUGGAAACUGGCGCGCACAGGCUAUGGACAAUCGAAACUUCUUUCGGAACGCAUUCUCGCACACGCGGCACGGUGUUUCGGCAUCCCCGUAACCAUUGCUCGGGUAGGACAGAUGGCCGGACCGGUAUAUCGAGGAGAGAAGGGAGCAUGGCCGGACAAAGAAUGGCUCCCAUCGUUGAUCAGGAGCUCUGUUUACUUAGGGGCGGUGCCGGAAGACCUAGGUCCGAUGAGUAGGGUUGACUGGGUUCCGGUUGAUGUUGCCGCGCAAGUUGUGAUGGAUCUGUUAACGAAACGAGCCGAGGAUAUGGAUGGCUGGGCAGGAGAAAGCAAACGAAGAGGAAGGAAUCAAGAAGCCGAGUUCUUCCACAUUGCGAAUCCUCGAGCGAUUCUGUGGUCAGAAAUACUUCCCGCUGUGCGCAGAUAUCUGCCUAGCAAUAUCCGUACGGUGCGCAUUGAGGACUGGGUCGACUUGCUCCGUAAAAGCGCUGAGGCCGAGAGCGCCGGAAUAGACGAGGGCGUCAAUCCUGCGGCGAAGCUGAUGGAUACUUUCGACCACAUCCAAGACAGAGCGAUACGAUUUCCAAAAGCUCGAGCUGCGAUUUUGGAUACGAAGAAUACUAUCAAAGCAAGCGUAUCGCUGGCUGAUUUGCACGCGAUCGACGAAGAGUGGAUGGAGUUGUGGAUGAGGCAAUGGGCGUUUUCGCAGGGUGAGCGAUACUGCUCAAAUCAUGGCAUCACUUUGGCAGAAAUCGACUCGGUGGAUCGAGGGCUGGAGCUCUUCAAUCAUUGA